CCAAUUAGCACCAGCAGUGGUCACUUGGCACCUGCUAUAAAAGCUCGCCUGGUUGGUCUUCACAACUAUCACUGAAGCAAUGGCUGCUGGAUCGCUCUUGGUUGUGCUGGUCUAUGCUGUUGUCAUAGAAAAAGGCAUUUGUUUUCCAGGUUGGGCUAAAGAAGGGGGGUCCAAUGCUGUGCAUAAAAAAGGUGUGCCAGAUGUGUCUUCCAACAAUGUUUCACUUGAGAGAGUUGUUGAACUUCUUGAUUCUUUGGCUUCUGUGUGGAAGCUGCAUAAGCCAGCCCAACCUGCAAACAAAGAGGCAUUUGGAGACAAAACAAGCCACAAUGUGAGAAAUGACCAAACGAGCAGCAAGGGCCACCAGAACGUUUCCUUCAGCCAUGACCAGCGGAGCUACAAACUGAGCACGGGUCAGCAUAAUGACUUUCAAGUCCAGGAGAGUGUCAACCAGAACAACACAAUGAGCCACAACCCCCAGAGGGAGUCUUUUCAACAAGUCCAGGAGAGUGUCGCCCAGAACAACACAAUGAGCCACAACCCCCAGAGGGAGUCCUUUCAACAAGUCCAUCAGAGUGUCACCCAGAACAACACAAUGAGGGAGUCCUUUCAAGAAGUCCAGAAGAGUGUCAACCAGAACAACACUAUGAACCACAACCCCCAGAGGGAGUCCUUUCAACAAGUCCAGCAGAGUGUCACCCAUAACAACACUAUGAGCCACAACCCCCAGAGGGAGUACUUUCAACAAGUCCAGAUGAGUGUCAACCAGAACAACACGAUGAGUGAGUCCUUUCAACAAGUCCAGGAGGGUGUCAACCAGAACAACACUAUGAGGGAGUCCUUUCAACAAGUCCAGCAGAGUGUCACCCAGAACAACACAAUGAGCCACAACCCCCAGAGGGAGUCCAUUCAACAAGUCCAGCAGAGUGUCAACCAGAACACAAUGAGCCACACCCCCCAGAGGGAGUCCUUUCAACAAGUCCAGCAGAGUGUCACCCAGAACAACACAAUGAGCCACAUCCCCCAGAGGGAGUCCUUUCAACAAGUCCAGGAGAGUGUCACCCAGAACAACACAAUGGCCCACAACCCCCAGAGGGAGUCCUUUCAACAAGUCAGGGAGAGUGUCACCCAGAACAACACAAUGGCCCAGAACCCCCAGAAGGAGUCCUUUCAACAAGUCAAUCAGAGUGUUACCCAGAACAACACAAUGAGCCACAACCCCCAGAGGGAGUCCUUUCAACAAGUCCAGCAGAGUGUCACCCAGAACAACACAAUGAGCCACAACCCCCAGAGGGAGUCCUUUCAACAAGUCCAGCAGAGUGUCACCCAGAACAACACAAUGAGCCACAUCCCCCAGAGGGAGUCCUUUCAACAAGUCCAGGAGAGUGUCACCCAGAACAACACAAUGGCCCACAACCCCCAGAGGGAGUCCUUUCAACAAGUCGGGGAGAGUGUCACCCAGAACAACACAAUGGCCCAGAACCCCCAGAAGGAGUCCUUUCAACAAGUCAAUCAGAGUGUUACCCAGAACACACUGAGCCACAACCCCCAGAGAGAGUCCUUUCAACAAGUCCAGCAGAGUGUCAACCAGAACAACACAAUGAGCCACACCCCCCAGAGGGAGUCCUUUCAACAAGUCCAGGAGAGUGUCACCCAGAACACACUGGCCCACAACCCCCAGGAGUCCUUUCAACAAGUCCAGCAGAGUGUCACCCAGAACAACACAAUGAGCAAUAACCCCCAGAGGGAGUCCUUUCAGCAAGUCCAGGAGAGUGUCACCCAGAACAACACAAUGAGCCACACCCCCCAGAAGGAGUCCUUUCAACAAGUCCAGGAGAGUGUCACCCAGAACAACACAAUGGCCCACAACCCCCAGGAGUCCUUUCAACAAGUCCAGGAGAGUGUCACCCAGAACAACACAAUGGCCCAGAAGGAGUCCUUUCAACAAGUCCAUCAGAGUGUCACCCAGAACAACACAAUGAGGGAGUCCUUUCAACAAGUCCAUCAGAGUGUCACCCAGAACAACACAAUGAGGGAGUCCUUUCAAGAAGUCCAGAAGAGUGUCAACCAGAACAACACUAUGAACCACAACCCCCAGAGGGAGUCCUUUCAACAAGUCCAGCAGAGUGUCACCCAUAACAACACUAUGAGCCACAACCCCCAGAGGGAGUCCUUUCAACAAGUCCAGCAGAGUGUCACCCAGAACAACACAAUGAGCCACAUCCCCCAGAGGGAGUCCUUUCAACAAGUCCAGCAGAGUGUCACCCAGAACAACACAAUGAGCCACAUCCCCCAGAGGGAGUCCUUUCAACAAGUCCAGCAGAGUGUCAACCAGAACAACACAAUGAGCCACACCCCCCAGAGGGAGUCCUUUCAACAAGUCCAGGAGAGUGUCACCCAGAACACAAUGGCCCACAACCCCCAGAAGGAGUCCUUUCAACAAGUCCAGCAGAGUGUCACCCAGAACAACACAAUGAGCCACACCCCCCAGAAGGAGUCCUUUCAACAAGUCCAGGAGAGUGUCACCCAGAACAAUACAAUGGCCCACAACUCCCAGGAGUCCUUUCAGCAAGUCCAGGAGAGUGUCACCCAGAGCAACACAAUGGACCACAAUCCCCAGAAGGAGUCCUUUCAACAAGUCCAGCAGAGUGUCAACCAGAACAACAUGAUCAGGGAGUCCUUUCAACAAGUCCAGCAGAGUGUCACCCAGAACAACACAAUGAGCCACAACCCCCAGAGGGAGUCCACUCAAGUCCAGGAGCGUGUCAAACAGAACGCAAUGAGUCACAACCCUCAGAGGGUGUCCAUUCAACAAGUCCAGCAGAGUGUCAACCAGAAUGACAGAUUGGCUGAUGACUCAACAGAUGAGGGGUUGAUUGUGAAUGUUUGAUUUGUAUGACAUGGAAGAGCUCAGUUUUAUGUAACUCUUGUCUGAUAGAAUUAAAAUCCUUCCCAUUACUAAA